AUGGCCUCGAUCCCCAUCUUCAAGUACGACCGCUACCAGCGUGCCGCCAGCUUCUUUCUCGACUGGUUGAUACGUGCCCAUGGCCACAGCCACCCCACCCCCCAACCCGUCCAGUUGGAUACACUGAGUCGAGUCGUCCAAGAGAUCGCCAACGAUCCGUCCUGCCUCAGCGACAAGCUGCGUCAAGAUCUGCCCAAGGCUCUGGCGGCUUGCAACUGCGCCCUCAAAAUCUGCUCGGCGGACGAGUUCCUGCUUCAAACGAUAGAAAAUCGCGACGUUGGCACUCGACUCUCGCGGCUGCUAAAGCUCUGGCACCGCACGCUUGAAAAGGUGCCACACGAGAAAAGUGGGGCGCUGGAGUCUGAUGAGGGACAAGAAGAGGGAGAAGAUGAUGAUGAAGAAGAGGUGGAGGCCUUCGCCGACGAUUUGCCGCUGGACGUGGUCUUCUUCGUCUUGGAGCUGGAGGAGCUGGUGAGGGGCGUGUACGAGAUCUACACUGCCGUGAAGGCGCUGGCCAUGGACACGGCCACUGACCUCACGACGCGGCUUCAACAGCGCCGUCCAGAGAUUCGAACGAUGGAGAACUUGUUGGAUGCAGUUAUGAAGCACACCCCUGCGAUUUACGGUCUAGCGGCCAACUCGGCCAGUAGCAUCAAGGCCAAAUUCGACAAGGAUGGGACUUAUAUGUCCUCGCCCUUCGAGCUGGUGCGGGACUUCGAGAUCAUCUGGGCCGCUUUGACGUCGUUUGCGAAAAUUCUCCCGUCAAGCACCAGGGCGGGGUUUCUACUGCCACCGAAUGAGCGAGAAAGAUAUGGAGAAGAACGCACGCCGCAGUACGUGCUCCCAACUACCGAUAUUAUUGACUUCUUGGUGCAGAGCUUUGCAUUGAUGGCGAGACUGGAGGGCGCGUUCAUGUGCUUGAUGACCGACUACUUUGCGACGCGCCAAGUGACCAUCCCGCUCGUUUUUGCUUGGACUUGCUGGGUCAAAUCUGUCGCUGCAUUGCAAGGCGACGGAGGGCUCGGGCGCAACAUUAGUGUCACGAUGAACCACGCAGACGAGUUGAUGCAGCGGAUGGCUACACUUGUGGACAGACCCACGGUCCUAAAUGUCAUUAAACCAGACUCUUCGCGUGAUGAUCUGCUCCCAAAUCGAUCGCGCCUCGUCAAGCGCACUAACCCGUUCUCGGCGGGCUUCGUAGUGCUGGACUUCCAGCUCGGCUAUCUCCGUGCAGGACAUCAAAGUCUGCUCAGAGCACCGAUUUUUCGAGCCUUUGGACAUCUGUACAACGCUCUCGUGGGGCAAGAAUUUCUCGAGCCUAUUCCGUUAAUCGAAGACGUUUUGGAGAUAUACGAGACGUGGGUUUUCACUCCGUCGAGAGCUGCAGUGGACUGGACAAAAGAGCAGAAGGAGUUUGGAGUGCGCGAUGUAUCCAAGAUCUGCCGAUUUCUUAGCGAAAACGACAGCUGCCAGUUCACAAGUUCCAGUCUGGCUGAUAUGAAGGGCAAUGCUGUGAAGACUAGCUCGGCCGAGAUGUUUGGCACCCGACAUGCCUGCAGUGACUACAUUGGGAAUCCUGAGUGCAGUGACGAUAUUGAGGAACGCAAGAUUGAUGCCCUGGAGAAUGCAGUGAUGUUUCCUCUGCUACCUCUGUUGGACGCUUUACAGCCGGACGGCUCACUUGACUUGGACAUCCUGCCUGCUGCCAUUUCUACUCGCUCAGAAGCCACUUUGAAUGGUGAAAAAGUCCGUACAAUGGCCACGAAGGCUGCUGCGCUGAUUCACGCCAAAUUUGCGGUGCCAGUUCCAGAGAUCGAACGCCGAUAUUUCACGUUUCCCUCUUAUCCAGACUUCGUCUCCCAACAGUUUGGUACCGCGUCGUUCAAAAUCAAGACCCAGCGUGAAACCCGAGAGGAAGUCUUCUCGGACCUGAUGCGGUUGCUCGAAAGAAAGUGCAACGUGCUGGUUGUCUCCGCACGCGAGAGUUUGGUCGUCACAGUGCUGAUCUCAGCCAAAGUCCGUCAGGCCGUCGCUGCGUCUGUCGCCGAGGCCUCUGCGCCCUCGCCGUCUAUUUCAAGAGUGAGCUCGACGCUCGAGGUCCUGAGUCCCAUGCCCGCCGCACACGUGCAGCAGAUCCUGGCGACCGUGUGGUCUCCAGGUGCUGCGAUGAAGGGCUACAACCUUAUCGACUUGAAUACGCCCACAUACCACACAAAGGAAACCAUCGCGCACCUUGUAGUGAAGCAUGAGAAUCGGUCACUGUAUCGCCAGCUGCGUUCGGUUGGAGCUGACAUCUCGCGUAAAGAGGUCAGAGGACGGCACGUUUCGGAGAUGACCACGGAUCGAGAGUGGUCGCGAUCGAUUGCCGCAGAGCGUGACCAGCAGCCCAGUCCUUCGAGCGGACGUAGCCCUGAAAACAAAUCGAGUCCAGCGAGAAAGAAGUCGAAGAAAAAGGGGAAGAAAGGCAAGAGUGGGAAAGCGAGUCCUGCUAGUCCUAGCGGCUCUACCUCCGAUCCUCCAGCAGAAGAAAGCCUAUGUUUACUCAAGUUUCUAACGAGAGCUGCGACGCAACCACAAGAAAACACCGGCGUGGUCGAUGAAGCUCUGGUAGAGACGUUCACUCGUUUGAGAGACCCAACCAUUCCUGCAACCUGCAAAUCCGACGACGUCAAGCAUGCGUGUGCAGCGAUCGACGAGUUGUGGGAGAUAACCAUCGAGCUUUCCGCCCCAAACAGGAUUGCAGACACAAGUUUUGACUUAAGGAAGACUGUCACCUCAGACGCCUCCCAAGUGAUUCACAUGAUGCAGAAGUUCCACCAGGUUGACCACGCAGCGAUCAAGGACCCAGUUCUUUCUCCUGUCCGAGAUCUCUGUGGGACAACGCGUGACUUUGUGAGGAUGGCGAUGAGCACGGCCCAGCUCUGCGUCUCGAUCAACAGAAAACAGCAAGCUUGCGAGGUCUUAAAUGUGCUGGAGAAGCGAUUCUUGAAUGCCUCAUCGACCAAGGACCCCCCGCUGGAAUUUGGUGCGCUCGUUAGAAUGUACUCGACGGGACGCGAAUCGAUGGGACUGGGGAAGGCUUCAAGCACCGACUCGCUGCGAGUGCUGGGAUCGAUUUUGGACGAAGCCAAGGAAAAGUUGGAGCCACAGCAAGAGCCUUGA